AUGACGACCACCGUAACUCAGGAUCUUGCCGGUAUCGUCCUACUUUUUGGAAACAUUGAGGGUACCGACAACAUUCUUGAGCUCUCCAACAAUGUAUAUUUUCAGUUCCACCCACCACAAGGCGGUGCCGAUAGCCUAGAAAAGUGGAGGGGCGAGCAAUCUGAACGACUCAACGGACCCUUUCUUGCCUUCAUAUUUGGGAAGGCCAUGUCAUCUCCACUGGGCUGGGUAUGCGGAUCACUGGGCGAUACUAAAAAGUGCGAUGUGCAGCUGGCCAAGAACCACGAAACCGGUGUGAGUCGCGAGCACUUUCGAACCGACGUCAGUCCAGAUACCCACUGCCCCAGGCUUACAAUAUUGUCGAAGAAUCCCGUUCAAAUCCAUGUUGAUGAGCGUACAGUGACUCUCCAGCAAGGGGAAACCUUUGAGAUCAUAUCUGCCGCUACUAUCGAUCUUGGACAGGUCACACUGAGAGCAUGGCGGCCAACCCUAUCACACCAGGAAGCGCUAAGGUAUCGCAGGAAUGCUGAGGCUUUCGACCAGGCAUUCUUGAAGAGCCUCACAAAGUUUCCCAUCAGCCUCGAUACCUCCGACGCUUUGACAUUCGAUCUCAGGUUAGGUGAGAAUAACACUGUAUAUAGACGAGAAGAGCCGAAUGUGGGUACCGGUAGCUUUGCGACUGUCAUGAAGGUGAAAGAACUGCACUCGAAACAGAUCUUUGCUGCGAAGGUGCCACACUUCAAAGCUUCUGAUUCAUCGGGCACAGCUCGUUCUCGUUUGGAGUCGUUAACGAAAGAGUUCAGGAAAAUCAUUGACCUCCGGCAUCCAAAUAUAGUACAAGCCGUGGAAGUCCUCACAGGCAUGCAACCGAACGAUUCACCUUGGCUAAUCAUGGAGUGGAUCGAGAAGGAUCUUGCCUCCGUCCGCCUCGACGAUCGCGACGGUCCCAUCCUCGCGACUCAUGUGGGCAAGGGGCUAGCAUUCAUGCACAGCCAGAGCUACACACAUCGUGACUUAAAACCGGCGAAUAUUCUGGUCCGUCUAGAAGGUGCAAGGCUCAAAAUAGCCAAGAUCGCCGACUUGGGAGCGACGAAGUAUGACAUAUCUGGAGGAAUGCAGACCUAUACCGGGACAAGCCUCUACAUGGCCCCUGAGUUCUGGGAACCGAUGCUUCAUUACACCAAUGCUGUCGAUAUGUGGUCUUUUGGGAUUAUUUUGCUCGAACUGCUUGCGCCUGCAAGUGGCCGGUUAGAGGGAUGGGAUUCACGUUCCCCGCCGAACAAACCCGAACACCAAAAAUGGAUUCGAGAAAAGAUCCGACCGCUUGAGAAACGUUUGUCAGAGAGUUUCGGGCCCUUGGUGAGAGGUUUGCUAUGCGAGAAACCCAAUGACAGGUGGCCUGCUCCUCGAAGCGUCAAAUGGCUGGAGGAAAACAUCCGGGCAGACACUGGCUCCAGGAAGCGAGGCUUGUCUGCAUUGGUAGAGACUGGUGAUGACGCGCAAACCAGACGUAUAGGAAGCGAACCUGCCACUUUUUUGAAGAGUCAUGCCGAGCCUAGUCCAUCACCAACCCCAAGCACCGCAGAUACAGAGCUUUUAGGUUCGCCGGGCCCAGAUCCCUCUGGUGUAGAGGUCUCAGAUACUAUAUCUAGCAUCCCCGGUGCGGUUGAAGCGCCUAGACGAGAUACUACACUCAAACCGAGCCCGAAGCGACGUGGUACGCCGAAAUGA